GCAACCUUUCAGAAGGCUCCACAGCCAAAUGCAGCCAAUUGAUUGUAAACAAGCAACAGGGCCUUGAAAAAACAAGAAAAACAAAGCCAUAAUUCUACCAAAAACCCAAAAGUAAAUUAGUUUGAUGCAGUGGCUCUCACACCAUUUUAUGGGAUUGAUUUUCCCUUUAAUGGGUCUGUUAUUUUUUCUUUAUCUACAACCCUAAUCCUUUAGUAUGGGCUCUCGGACACUUUCUUUGGCUGUGGAGGAGCAGCUUCGUAGCCUCUGCCUGAAGGACUUUCCAUGUGGGCAUGGCUGUUGGAGCAAAUCCAGAGGGAGUAUCUUUGAGGAACAGAGUUGGGGCUACAGCGAGCAGGACGAGGGGAGAGAAGGUGCAGCCAAGGAGGAGGAGGAGGCCCUUAUGGAGCACUUGACCAGUCCACUGUCCCCAUGGCGACAUGAGGGGUCAUGGAGCCCCCAAGCCCCAACCCUGAGAGAGCUGUCCGUGCGAAAACCUGAACUUCUCCAUGGCAACUUCAUAUUCAGCCACUUCAACACCCUACGUAUUGUAGACAAGGGUGUCUCCAUAGUUGAUGAUGGCUUGCUCAGGUUCUCCAAUCUAAGAGAGUUAGUGCUGAGUGCCAACAAAAUUUCUGAACUACAAGCAGAGUACCUGCCCUGCACUUUACAAGUUUUGGAGCUCUACGCCAACCAGGUUUCCAGCCUUAAAGGUCUCAGCAGCCAGCCUCUACCCUGCCUUCAGCAUCUGGGUCUGGGCUGCAACAGGCUGGGUUCCCCCGCAGACAUCCAGUACCUCACUGGAACUCUAUGGCCGCGGCUGGUAUCUCUGGACCUGAGCUGGUCUGGCUUCCAAGGACAGCGGGCCCUUGUGGAUGCCCUGGCCACCCUGCCUAGCCUGAGGACCUUGGUGCUGGAGGGCAACCCCCUUACCCUCACCCCUUCCUACCCAGGCUUCAUCCUCGACAGCCUCCCGCGGCUGCUCUACCUGGAUGCCACACGGGUCACACCGGAUGAUCACCAUCGCUUUGAAGGCCUGGCCAAGAUGAGAGACCAGAUAGUGGACCAGGCCAUGGCAACAGUGACAGUGCGAAGGAUCAGGGGUGUCCCGGACCCACUGCUGACUGUGGAUGAGAGUGUCCCUGAGUUCCCUGUGGUCAGCUACAGCUACUUUGUCAACUAUGAGUUCCUCAGCCAAUCACCCCCUGGCAACAAGCAGGCUGGCAGUGACACUGCAUCCACAUCUGAUCCAAUGGCACCCAUAGCGGAGAAGAUGGAUGGGGGCAUCGUUGGUAUCUAUCAGACACCAAAAGAGAACUGUGAGGAGGAAACAACCAACACUCCAAAACCAGACACCACAGCCAGGACAAUGGAGAGUUUGGAAACGAACCAUUGUUCCAUUGAUGUGAUAAUGAACAGCACACAUAAGCUGGCAUGGGCAGAGUCCAUGGACUAUGACCACACAAGUGUGCAUAGUGUUGGUGACCUGGGGUCCUUCAAGUCCUUUGUCCUUCGUGGGCUCUGGUUGACUGUGGAGGAGGAGAAGGUCCUCUCAUGGCCUGCCCCUUCAGGAGAACAGCCAAUAACCAAAUCUACAACAGAAAAGAAAGGGGGGAAAGAGUGUGCGCGACCACCAAGCAACACUUGUUCCAACCAAAAAUCAAAAGACAAGAAGAAGAAGAAAGACUCAAUAAUGGACCUGGUCCAGGACACUCCCAUCAGAAGAACCCUGGGCUCGAUCCAUGUGCCACUACAGGACCUGGUGUCUGGUGAUCAGAGAGUUGAUGCCCUGUGCAACCUUGGGGUGCUGCUCACAGAGCAAAGCACCAGGGCCAUGCCACCCCGAGAUAAGGACCCAAGUAAGAAAGCCAAACAUGACAAGAAGAAGGAGGACAAGAAAACUAAAUCAAGUGCUGACAGUGCAGGGGGGCAGAAGAAUGUUGCUCCACCCUCUAAAAGUAACGGAAAAGGAUGGAAGGAAAGCGAGGCAGAUUUCUGCAUGGACGACAACUCUGCUCCCAGUCCAAACCAGUUCGAGUCAAUGACUGUGGAGUUCACUGUGCAUCUGGAUAAAUGGCAUUCAGCCUCAGAAGCUCAUCACCUGGUUCACCCAUGAUGAGCCAUCAGCCCAGCUAUUUUUAUGAAGAAAAACAAAAAGUUGUCAUGACAAAUUUGGGGAUUAAAACCAAUUACGAACUCAAAUUGGUCAAAUGUAUGAUAAUACAAUGCACCCUUUUUGUACCUCAUGUUCGUAGUAGCUAUAUCAAAAUAUUGGGAAAUUCCAUUUUCAAAAGUGCAUGGAUCUCAUAGCAGGAACUGGACAUAGUCUACAAAAGUCACAAGGAAUGAAGAAUAUCCAAAUGACAAAGCGCAAGGCACGCCCUUCAAGGUUAUAGGAUCAAUUGGUGACAAUACAUGUAAUGCAACUUCCCUUCAGGGCAGUGAGGUAACUUGAAUUUAGUAGUCAAUUCGCAACGAUUUUUCAAGACAAAUAGCAUAACUUCUUAAAAACGCGGGUAUAGUAGUAUUUGUAAAGAAUUAUAACUGGAUCAAGCAAAUUAUAAACGAAGUAUUUCAGCAACAGGUGCGCACAUUGAUUGUGCAUCCUUCCCGCUAAGGAUUGUAUGGUGGUAAAUAUGGAACAGCACUUCAGUUCCCCCCUGAAACUCACGUCCUAAGUAGGCUACAACUAUUUUGAUGGUCUCUUCGUCUUUGUUUUUAAUAUCAAAACCAUGAGGAUCCUCUUCAGAAACCUACGCCUCAGUAGAUGGUCCAUUGUCAUUGGGACUGCGUUGGUGUCAUUGAUUGGUGUUAUCUUUAUGACGAUUGACGUCAAUGUCUCACUACCAUAUAGGGGAGAGCUCAGAGUGGGGCGUAAGGACCACACAGAUUGGCAUUGGAACACCUUUGCCUCCACCACACCACCGCUGGCACAGCCCACUGUGGAUGUUUUCAAGUGCUCCCUCAAUGACAGCAUGCAGAAUAUUCCGUCCUCUGUCCCACCUCCCC